AUGCGAGUGUCUGCCAUUCAGGAUCUCAGGGAGGAUGAAAAUGAGGAUUGGGAAGAAGAAAAGAUCUUCCUCAAGCCUGUUAUUGAGGACAGAAAUAUGGAACUGGCCCGAAAAUGCAGUGAAUUAAUAAGUGAUAUACACUAUAAAGAAGAGUUUAAAAAAUCUAAAGGCAAGUGCAUAUUUGUACCUGACACCCCGCAGCUAAAACAUGUGAAAAGCCUUGGUGCUUUUAUUUCUGAGGUGAAAUAUAAAGGAGCUGCUAAGAAAGACCUUUCCAACUCUCUGUAUCAGCAGAUGCCAGCCACAAUUGACAGUGUAUUUGCAAAAGAAUUAAUGCACCUUCAGAGCAAGGUUCUCUAUAAACAAAAACAUGAUGCUGAGAAAGGAUUUUCAGACUAUGCACGUAUGAGGGAACCUCCAGAUGUUAAACAUGCCAUGGAAGUCAGUAAACACCAGAGCGAUGUAUCCUAUAAGAAGGAUGUGCAAGAUACUCAUAGGUACACUGAAGUGCUGAACAGACCAGACAUAAAGAAGGCAACUGAGAUAACAAAGAUAAUAAGUGAUGCAAAGUACAAGAAAGGAAGGGGAGAGCUGAAUAAGGAGUCUGCUGUGCUUGGAAGACCCGAUUUUGAACAUGCUAAAGGAGUUUCAAAACUUUUAAGCCAAGUAAAAUACAAAGAGAAGUUCAGUAAGGAAAUGAAGAAUCACCAAUACAAUCCUCUUGACAGUGCUUCCUUCAAGCAAGCACAGAUUGCAUCCACCUUGGCAAGUGAUGUGAACUACAAGAAAGAUUUGGAAAGCCUACAUGAUCCAGCAUCUGAUCUACCAAAUCUGCUGCAUUUAAACCAUGCUUUAAAUAUCAGCAAAACACAGAGUGAUUAUGAAUAUAAGAAAUCAUUUAAGCAAAACAAUUGUUUCUAUCAUUUCAGCCCAGACACUGCAGAACAAAUCCAUUUCAAAGAAAAUGCAGUGCUUCAAAGUCAGGUCAAGUACAAAGAAAAUUAUGAAAAAUCUAAAGGCAGAUCAAUGCUGGAGUUUGUGGAUACACCAAUGUAUCAACUUUCAAAGGAGGCUCAAAAGAUGCAAAGUGAGAAAAUGUACCGCAGAGAUUUUGAAGAAGGGAUCAAGGGAAGACCUUCACUGGAUUUAGACAAGACCCCAGAGUUCUUGCAUAUAAAACAAGUCACUAAUCUUCUGAAAGAGAAAGAGUAUCGAAAAGAUUUGGAAGAAGGGAUGAAAGGGAAAGGAAUGACAGUGUUUGAAGAUACACCAGAUUUGAUUAGAGUGAAAAAUGCAGCUCAGAUACUAAAUGAGAGGCAAUACAAGAAAGACUUGGAAACUGAAAUUAAAGGGAAAGGCAUGGAAGUUGGUCCGGAUACACCUGAGAUAAGACGAGCCAAGAAAGCUUCUGAAAUUGCAAGCAUGAAAGAAUACAAGAAAGACUUGGAGAAUGAAAUUAAAGGAAAGGGAAUGGAAGUAGGUACGGAUACCCUUGAUAUACAACGAGCCAAAAAAGCUUCUGAAAUUGUCAGCCAGAAGAAAUACAAAAAGCAUCUGGGGAGAAAGGGGAUGCAAGUUGGUCCAUAUAUUCCAGAAAUACAGUAUGUCAAAAGGGCUUCAGAAAUAGCAAGCCAGAAAAUGUACAAAGAUGAAGCAGAGAAGAUGCUCUGUAACUAUUCUGCUGUCCCAGACACUCCUGAGAUGGAGAGGAUAAGAAGUACUCAGAAAAACAUCAGUUCAGUGUUUUAUAAGAAGGAAGUAGGAGCUGGCACAGCUGUAAAAGAUACUCCAGAGAUUGAAAGAGUAAAGAAAAAUCAACAGAAUAUUAGUUCGAUUAAAUACAAGGAGGAAAUUCGACAUGCAACAGCUAUUUCUGAUCCACCUGAACUAAGGAGAGUUAAAGAAAACCAGAAGAAUAUUAGCAAUGUUCAGUACAAAGAACAGCUCUGCAAAGCUACACCUGUGAGUGUCACCCCUGAGAUGGAAAGAGUCAAGAGGAAUCAAGAGAAUGUCAGCAUGGUUCACUACAGAGAGCAGCCUGGCAAAGCUACUGCUGUGAGUGUCACUCCUGAGAUAGAGAGAGUCAGGAAGAAUCAAGAUAAUAUCAGCUCGGUGAAGUACAGCAGUGAUCAGAGGCAGAUGAAAGGUAGACGUAGUGUGCUUCUAGACACACCUGAGCUAAGGCAUGUCAAAGAAACACAAAACAACAUCUCGAUGGUAAAAUAUCAUGAAGAUUUUGAGAAGACAAAGGGCAGAGGCUUCACCCCAGUGGUAGAUGAUCCUAUAACAGAGCGUGUACGAAAAAACACCCAAAUUGUGAGUGAUGCUGCAUAUAAAGGUGUGCAUCCACAUAUUGUUGAAAUGGAUAGAAGACCUGGAAUAAUUGUUGAUCUUAAAGUUUGGCGCACAGAUCCCGGCUCCAUCUUCGACAUUGAUCCUCUGGAGGACAAUAUUCAGUCUAGGAGUCUGCAUAUGCUUUCUGAAAGAGCAAGCCGUUACAGUAAGCAGUAUUUACAUUCUACCAGUCUGGGGGAUUAUAAAUCAGAUGGCUCUGACACGAACCCCACCUUUUCUUACUGCAGUGAGAUAACAAGGCCAUCUGAUGAAGGAGCCCCUGUUCUCCCUGGGGCAUAUCAACAAAGCCAGACUCAAGGAUAUGGAUACAUGCACCAGACCAGUAUGUCAUCCAUGAGGUCCAUGCAUUCACAGCCUCAUUCAGCAAGUCUGAGAACAUACAGAGCUAUGUAUGAUUACAGCGCCCAAGAUGAAGAUGAAGUUUCCUUCAGGGAUGGUGAUUAUAUCAUCAAUGUGCAACCAAUUGAUGAUGGCUGGAUGUAUGGUACUGUUCAGAGAACUGGGAAAACAGGAAUGCUUCCAGCAAAUUAUAUUGAGUUUGUUAAUUAAUUUUUGUCUCUAGUCCUUUGAGCUUUAUUAUGAUUUACUUAAAAUCUAACCUUUUAGAAAAAAUCAGAAGAAUCUUUUAAGAGUUCAUGAUCAUUACUUUAUCACUGCUAUAACAGUUUGCAUUUUCACUCAGAAUCCAUUUUAGAGUCCUUUAAAAAAAAAAAAAAAAUAAUCCACAAGAAGCCCAGAGCUUUGAAAACAGCAUUGCUUAUAAUAGUGCUCUCUCAAAAUGAAAAACAUAUAUGGAAGCCUGGUGUUGCCAGUCCUAUAAAAACUUCAGUCAAUUAACUGUAAAGGGGUAAUGCCUUUUCCUUACACCUGAAAGACGUUAUAACCAUAAAAUUGAUUCACUUCUUAUGGCACUCUGAAGUCACAGGAGGUUAACACACUGAGUUUGAACACAUCUUCAAAUUAUUAGGGAAAUGUUAAAUGUUUAAGCAGUUAGCUUCCUAAUAAAAAAUAAUAUGUUG